GAAGCCUUCUUCUUCCUUCCUUCCUUGCUUCCAUCCUUUUGCAUCGCAAUCGCAGAAACCCCAAAAAUGGAGUUGGAGGAUCACGAAGAAGACGACAUGGAAAUAGUAGAACCACCAUCAAACUACAUCGACAAAAUCCACCCACUUUCCCGGUUCACCAAAAACCCAUCUCCGGUCCACUCGAACCGCCCUCACCUUCCCUCCAACUCCAACCCCAUCCUCUACAACUACAACUACAAAGAGUGCUUAAAAAACCACGCCGUCGCAGUCGGCGGCCACGCCCUCGACGGGUGCUGCGAGUUCAUGCCCGCUGGACCCCAUGGCUCUCUCGACGCCCUCAAAUGCGCUGCGUGUAACUGCCACCGCAACUUCCACCGCAGAGACAUCACCGACGACGGAGAAUCGGGGCCGCAGUACAUUUCGUACUGGCGUGGUCCGAGGAUGCUGGCGCUGCCUUCGUCGUCGCCGGGACGGAAGCGGGUGAGGACAAAGUUCACGGAGGAGCAGAAGGAGAAGAUGGUGGAGAUGGCGGAGAAAAUGGAGUGGCGGAUUCAGAAGAAGGAUGAAGCGGCGGUGAUGGAAUUCUGCAAUGAAAUCGGCGUGAAGCGGCGGGUGUUGAAGGUUUGGAUGCAUAACAACAAGAACACGUUUCGUAAGGAAUCCAAACAUAACUAAUUUCCCUAACCAACUCACUUUUCAUAACCUUUUUAAUUUGUAUCCUCAUUUUCCAUGAUCAUCCUGCUUUAAACUUUGGUUAAUCAAUUAACUAAGCCUAAAUUGCAAAAAAAUGCAAAAUCGAAAAAUAUCUCUACUCUACUCUGUCAAAAGUUGCAUUAUUAUCUUUCAUCUUUCGUAAGUAUUUCAAAAUCAUCUUAAUUUUAAAAAUUAAGACCGGAUAGUGAUUCAGAGUAUUUGACUUUGUUCAAAUCCUUGUUUUUAUUUUAUCAUUCAAUGUCAGGUCUCGAUUUUCAUUUAAUGCUCUAAAGUAUGUAUGAGAUAACAAUGUAUAGAGUAAUUUUCGCUUGCGGUUAAU